AUGUCAGAAAGACUUCGAGAAAGAGUAAGUUUACACCUGAUCAGUCCCAAAUUACAUUUUCAUGUCAUGUUCUAGCUAGGUUUGCUGUCCGAAGAGUUUGAUGGGAGUCUACGAUCAGUGUCGCCAGCCGGGAGUCGAUCGCCAAGGAGAAUGAGUAGAUCGCCAAGGCCGCAUGGCUCGCAGUAAGUUACCGACCGGUUAAUCUGUUUCUACUAGAAGGGAGAAAGUAACUUGAUAUUUUCUAAACUCUUGCGUCAACUUCAUCCUUUGGAUCAUAUUCCAGUGAAUUAGCAAUAGGAGUUACUCGCCCGUUCGUGAGACAAUCACAUCCGGAAAUUGCCGCGUGGCCAGCUCCACCGACUGCACACCAACUGAGUUGUCUUUCAGGAAACGUUAGGUACAUUGAAAACAGAAAAUAAUAUAUUACACGCACAUAAAACAGAACACCAACUGUGGGACCUGCGCCGCCUUCGCCGGUGCUCCGUAGACAACCAAGUGGUCCUCUGUCACCUUCACCGAUUUCGCCAAUCAGCCAGCACUCACGAACAAGCUCUAAACAUGAUAUCGACAAUUCUGCGACUCUCCUUUCUGUUCUCAAACUUGCCCACGUAGCUAGGGAGUCGUCCAGAAAUACUUCUAGAAAUAAUUCACGUGAGCUUGAAGAUGUAAACGCCAACUAUAAAAAAGUGAUUUUAGCUCAGCCAGCCGGACGGGAGACGGAAUUGAAACGGAAGAUUCAAACACUCGAGGAGACCGUUGCUGAAUACGAACGACAAAAGUACAAUGUGAUGGGAACAUUUAGUGAAUACAGGUGGGGGUUUACUCAAAAUACAUAAAUCGCUGAAAGCCAAAAUAUUUAAGAGAAAGAGUUGCUGAACGAGAACGGAAACUGGAGGCUGAGUACUCUAGCAAGAUAAUAGCGUUGUCGGAAGAAGUUCUCGGCGCCAAAAAGGAUUUUGAAGCGAGAAUGAAAAGUUUCCAAGCUUUGCAAGACAAGUUUGAACGAGAAAAGGAGCAGGCUUUAGAGAAGUUGCGAAAAGAGCAUCAGAAGGAGAUUCAAGUUCUAGAGCAGAGAUUCUCGGAUACGCAGCUGUUGAACUUGGAGCAGAAGUGAGUUCGGUGUUGUCUUCUUUGUUGAACUGUUCGUUCACAGAUACAUUCUUGAAAUUCAACGACUCGAGGAAGAAAGAAAGUCAUUGCGAGCUGAGAAAGAACGUCUCGGAGAAACGUUCGAAAUGAAGUUACGGAGAGCUCAGUCUCUGUACGAAACCGAGCUGACUGCUGCGAAAAUGUUGUACACAAAAGAGUUGGAAGCCUUGAGAGACCACGAAGAAGCGCUAAAGGAAGAACUUCUAGCCCGGUAAGUUUAUAGACAAGGCAUUUUAUGUUUUCUGAAAUUACAGACAAGACGAGUUCCAUGAUCGCCUUCAAGAACUGCAACUGCAAUCGAAAAGAAGCCGAGAAGAUUUGGUUUCUUGCAAAAACGAAGUGACUGCUCUCGAAAAGAAGCUUCAGAACAAAGAAAAAGAAGUACAGGCAUUAACAAAAGAGGUUUGAGUAAUCAAAUAAUCCUAUUUAUACAAUACGAUGUUGCAGCUGGACCAAGUAAAAACUGAAACAAGUGAUAAUAUCCGACGCUUGACUGCUGUCACUUCUGAGUUUUCGGAGUGUAAACUGAAAUUCCAGCAGCAGGAGGAAGAAUUAAGACGAAAAGCUCGUAAGUAACCGAAUUCCGAACUGGAACAUGGGUAGCUUUCAGGAUUGCUCUCAGUCGUGGAAGCAGCAAAAGAAAAACUUGAGUCGGUAAUAUCUGACCUGCAGAUUGAAGUGAAAGCAUUGAAGAACAAAGUGGAGUUCCUGGAGAAAGAACGAUACAAUCUGCAGAGUCAGAGUGAGAGCCAGACUCAGCUGCAAAGUUCUCAAGUGAAUGCCCUGGAAGCAGUCUUGGAUAGUGUCACAAAAGAAAAGGAGACUACGAAGGAACACUACGAAAGUCUUCUUCUCAAAGAAAGACAACAGGCCGAACUCCGGGAGCAUGCUAUGAAGAAGGAGUUCAGCUGCAAAUUGAAUGAGCUGGAGGAGCAAUACACGAGUCUCAAAGAGGAACUGGAAGAGUCAGCCCGUCUCGACAAGGACGAACUCCGCGAAUCGUCUCAGAUAGAAAUCCAAGCUCUUCGAACUGAGAAAAGCAUUCUGUCCGCUGAAAUCAGAGUCUUGACGCAGAAGAUUGAAGAUGAAGAACAAGAUGACAUCACCGAGCAGUUGGCGAAGAUUGUCGAAGACACUACUCAGUUGACUCGUACUCUUGAAGAGUACAGGGAACGAAUAACAGGAAAAGGUACGUUGUUGUCAGGUUUACAAUAGUUCAUUACACUUUUAGACGCUGAAAUCAUGACUCUCCGUAAGCAACUAGAGCAAGAACUCACUCAUACUGAGGAUAGGAACCGAAUGUUGCAAGAGAACACGCAGAAAGAACUUGAAGAGCACAAGGAGUCUCAUUCGAAGACUGUCCGAGUUCUUCGGGCAGAGGUACAGUGUUAAAGGCAAGACAAACAAGUCAUGAGCAUCCUGAUUUACAGAUUGAUCAGUUCAAAAGUGCAUUGGAGAAUGAGCAGGAGUUUGGAAAAGAAAAAGCGCAGAAGAUCAAAGAACUGGAAGCACAAAACGAAAAUUUGGUUUAUCAGCUCGAAAAGGUCAAGGAAGAGACUACAGUGGCCCAAUUGAAUGACAGCGAGGAGUUGAUAAAGGAGAUUGAGACCAAGAACAAGAACAUUCAAGACUUGGAGAAUCAGGUUUCCGAACUCAAUGAGAAGAUGGCAGCUCAGCAAGCCAACAAGGUUAAGUCAGAUAAACUUGAGAAGACGAUCGCCGAGCUGGAGAGUGACAAUAGCUCAAAGACAGAUCAGAUCGAGAAACUGCACUUGAGGUUUAAAAAUUUGUAUUCACUCACUCAAAACUUAUUCGGUUUAGAGUCAACGACAUGUUCGAGCAGGUUGGAAGUAUCAAGGAAGAGCUCGUGAAAAAGAACGAAGAGAUCAAGCAAAUAACUGCAAAGUCUUCUCAACUUUUGGAGUAAGCAGAAAACUCUUUUCAAAAAGUAAAUUCCUUUUCCAGAACAAACACUUUACAAACAACCGUUACUGAGAACAAACUUGCCACGAUUAAGGAAGAACACGAGCAAGAACUGAAGAAAUACAAAGAUGCUAUUGAAGAGAAAGAUGGGGACGUUCAGGACAAGAAAAAGAGAAUCAACGAGUUGGAAACCUUCUUGAAAGAAAGAGAGAUUGAAUUGAAUGACAUGAAGUCCAAGCUCGACGAACUGGUAAGUGGGAUCAAUCCUGCUCAAAACAUUGAAAAGUUUAGACUCAACAGCUGAACGAAGAAACUACUGUUGUUCUUUUUGACAACACGAUCCAAGAGAAAUUGAAUGAAAAAGACCUGACCAUUUAUGAAAUGACUGAAAAACUGGAGUGCAAGGACACUGAGCUCUCCAAACUGCAAGAAGAAAUAGAUGAGCAGAAGCGGAGCGCCGAGAAAACCAUCCAGGAGAAAGACAGACUUCUGAUAGAGUUAAGAUCUGAAAAAGAACAGUUGGAGGCUGAAAAGGCGGAACAGUCACGCAUCGAAGAAGAAGUCGAUACCAUAUUCCACUCAGAAGUUGAUUCUGAAACAGAGUGGAAGGAGAGGGUGGAAGAUUUGGAAAGUGCUCUUCAGGUAAAUGAAACAUAGAAGAUACCAAUAAGUCGAGUUUGUUUCAGAGAAAAAACGAACUGAUUCAACAGUUGCAAGAGAGGCUGACCGAUGAAUCGAGUUCUGAGGGUCAAUCUAAGAAAAGAAUGAGCAUCACUUCCCAUGGUGUAUUCCAAAACUUUGUCAGUCAAAUGAAAGACAAACGAGAAGAGGCUAGCGAGAAACGCACGCGAAAAGAGGCUGAAAAGAAAGCAGAAAAGGAGAAGGAGAAGGCCGAGAAAGCUGCUGCCAAAGAAGCCGCCAAAGAGUAAGUUAUUGGAUGUACUCUUGGAAUUAUCUGAAAUCUUCGUUUUCAGAAUCGCACGCGAGAAGUCGCCAGCUCGCGCCAAGUCUCCCUCAAUUCUCACAAGACUCCGAGAUCGUAGUCCUGCGAAAUCAAAGUCUCCGAAUCUUGAAACAACUCCUUCUACCUCUAGCAGGUAAUUACUAUUGUAUUGUACUGUUUCUUUCUCAAAUUCAAUUCACUUUCAGAAAUCUGUUGUCGCCAUUCGACGCAGAAAAACGAAUGGAGCGCAGUUCCCCGUCUCGGCCGCUGUUCAGUCGAACGAAGAAGGAAAGCUCCGAAAAACGACCAGCAUGGAAAUUUUAA